CUGAGAAAUACUGCGUAGAACGGUAGAUAGCAUUUGGACAUCGCUGAAAAACUAGCAUAUAUCAAUAGAUAUUUGGACAGCAAAAAAGAAGUAGAGGCAUUGGUUACAGAGUGUAACUUGUCACUUAUUUGAUCAGUUCUGUACAGUGCACAGCUUGUACGCGCUAUCGGAUAUAACGAGGUACUCGCUACACACUUGAUUACAAACGCUUUCUCCAGGUAACUAACGGUAUGGCCAUCUAAUUUUCACAGAUUUACGGAGACGACCGAGCGUCUGGUUGAACGAGACUAUUAGUUUAAAUUCCACGUGCUCGUAACACAAGAACAAAUUGUUAAUGAUGGAAAGGAAGCACAUAUCGGAACAUUUAUUGACUUGUGUCACAGAAGAUGGAUAUUGUGGAUACGUCAACUCCUUAGCGGAAACCUCUGCUAAAAAAUUAUGUAUUGGAGAAUCUAUAUUAACUCAACCGGAGAAUAAUGGGACAUUUGCCACCGGGUCCAUAGAGGAUAAAUACUUUCCCGGACUAUUUAAAACACUGACAGAAGUAUUAAGAUUUACCGGUGAUUAUCUCAAUGGAGGAAGAAAUGAAAUCAUUUUCUUAGAUAAAAAGAAGAAAUCAGUUGUAAAACCUGACAGUGAAUAUCAUAUAUCUAGUAACGUCUCUAGGUUUGGAAUAAAUAAAAUUGUUAAAAUUAGAAGAAAUCAAAAUACUGAUGCAAUCAAAGAUGGAUUUUUAAAUUGUUUUGACCGCAAUGCAACGACUAUUGCUGAAAAACACAUUGCAAUUUCAACAUUUAUUAAGGUGAAGAUUACAGGAGGAAAUAAAUGUGACUAUGUGAUUGAGAUGGAUAUUGAAACUUUAAUCAUAUUUAGCAAAAAUCUUAACAAUUCUAAGGAAACCACAAACACAUUUAAAAACAAUUAUAAGGAUAUGAUUUAUGUGCGCACUGGCCCUUUUACGAUACUCAUUGAAAAUCAAAGCGAUCAACGUUUUACCGUAAAAGAAUUAUCUGGUCUUGAGUUAAACCGAAAUUGCUUUAAAACGAAAACAUUAAACUUUUUACCUUCAUGGCAAUAUUUUUUAGCUCUAAAAUAUGUUGACCCAAAUCAUUAUUCAACAACAUUGACAAAAAUGUUUUUAAACUAUAUUUGUAAGCUGUUAAGAUAUCUCAGUAGCAUUGAAACGUGUGUAUCCAUACUAGAAAAUCCAAAUGAGAUAACAGACAAAAGAGUUUACACCCAAAUUCCAAGAGGUUUUAAAGAAGACCCUAGUGAAGAGUAUUGUGAAGGAUAUAUUCUUUCUCAACCAGAAAGUGACGGAACACUUGCUACAAGGUGUUUUGAAUUUAAAUAUUUUGCCGAUUGUGUAAAGAAUUCAACUAAAAAUGUACUUAUUAAAUUUCUGAUAGAAGUUUUAAAAUUUUCCUGUGGUUGUCUUAAUAAGAGAAGAAAUGGAACCAUUUACUUUGGUAUAGCAGACAACAGAAUAAAAAAAAGCUACUAUGAAAAUUAUAAGCAUGGCGAAAUUGUUGGCUUUCCAUUAGAUAAUAAUGGUUUAAAUAGCAAAAAAGUGUAUACUGAUGCACUAAGAGAAGCAAUUUUAAUAUGUUUUGAUGAUAAAUCAGCUGCUUUUGCUGCAAAAUGCAUCAGGGAUCCAAAAUUUGUUAAAGUGAAGAUUGCAGGGGGAAAUAAAUGUCGCUAUGUGAUGGAGGUGGAUGUUGAACCUUCAUUUAUGUUCUGCACAAAUCUUUAUUUUACUGUCAAUCCGCAUAAAUUAAAAAAGUCUUCUUUUAUUGAUAACAUCAAUAUUGUGAAACUUGGAAACAAAUUCUUAAAUACAGUUAAGGAUUUUCUUUUUUUGCGUAAAGGUUCCUCGACAGAACACAUUGAAAAUAAAAGCAAACAACAUUUCAUAAGAAAAACAUUAUUGGAUCUUGUCGUUAGCAGAAUUUGCUUUGAAAUAAAUGAACCUAACUUUACCUGUUCGAAAAUGUUUUAUCAUGCAUUACAAAAAAUUCAAAGAUAUUAUCAUACUGACUCUGAAAAUUGUGCAUUCAAGAUAAUAAGAGAUAUAUUAUAUUAUAUUGUUGUGCCACUGAAGGAUCACAAUGGCAAUGCUACGCUUGUAUCUGCACAAGACAUUCCUUGUUCAAUUGAACAUAAUCAAAAUCUAAGAAGUUUUAAGGAAAACCCAGACACUAGAAGAUAUAGCAAAGGAUGUAUACUUAUUGAACGAAAAACUAAUGAAACAAUUGCCACCAGGUUAAUGGAGUUUAAGAAUUUUGUCGAUUGUUUUGAAAACCAGGAGAAAAAUUUCCUUGAUAUAUUUGUAAAAGAUGUUUUAGAAUUUGUUGACAGUUGUCUAAAUAAUAGAAGAUUUGGAACCAUUUACUUUGGUGUAGAGGAAAUUCCCUUUAAAAAUCGAAACAGUAAAUACAAGAUUGUUAAAAUUUCUGGGGUUAAUAUUGAAGAAAAUAAUUCAAAUAGCAGAUUUGUAUACACUGAUGCACUAAGAAACGCAAUUUCUAAAAAUUAUACUAGGCAUAAAGCUGAUAUUGUUGAAGAAUGUGUAUCAAAUCCUUUAUUUGUGAAAGUAAAGAUACCAGGAAAAAAUCAAUUUUCUCAUGUGAUUGAGAUAGAUAUUGAUCCGUUAUCUAUUUUUUGCAAAAGGCUUUUGUUUACGAAUAAGGAAAAUAAAAGGAAGAAAAAGCAUUGGCAAGUUGUACACGAGGGCUCCGCAAUAAAAGAAAGUGAAAAUUAUGUAGAAUUACCAUCUAUUAACGAAGAAUUAACAAAACUUGUAAAGAAUAGGAAUAGCUUUGAAAUGAAAACAAUCCGUCGUAAAAUAAUAGAUUCAAAAAGAAAAAGUAAAAAUAACUAAAACAUAUUUCGUGAUUUGGCUAGGUAGCAUCAGAAAAUAUAUACAAGUCGUCACUGUUAACGUCUCAGGAGAAACACAACCUUAACUUGAGUUACAUACUUUUUUUUUAACGUUAGUAAUUGACAUGACAUUUCCACUCUACAUUAAUGUUCCAUCAACGUGGUGUGAAUUGUGGAUGACAAAAAGAAAAAAAAAAAGGAACAAAACUAAAUGCAGGAAAAACUUACAAUCAAUGAAUCAUGUGGACAUCGAGAAUGUGUCCCGUUAGCACCUCAAACAGGAAAUAAUAAAGUAGUAACUAACACUGGAGUCAAGACGGUUGGAACACAUUAUUUCCGGCAUCGUGGUCAAUAAAAAAUCCACUGCUUUAUAUAAUUUUGACACAUCUAUGUAGUUCUUUUGAUCCCACAUAAAUAGUAAAAAACAUAUUUGUUUUCUAUAUAAAAAAUAUGAACGAGAAAAAAAAAACAAAAAAGAAA